CCCGUCAAUAACUAAUUGUCCCUGAACUCCGAGUACAACCGACUUACUUGUUAAAUCUGCGAUUUUUGCUACAGCGUCGGUGGCAAUUUUGGUUUCUAAAUCUCAGAAUAUCUAUGGAAAGUCCAGGGAAUGUAGCAAUGCUACGGUGCCGAAAAUGUCGUAAAAGCUACAUAGACUCCACAUGCCUGUAUCCGCAGAUACACCUGAUUUGACCCAGAACAAGAAUAAUCAGACUGGUUCUUACUGGACCAUAACACUUAGUUGUGUUAUACAGAUUUUCCCAAUCAGAUAGCGACAGAUUACAGCAUGGAAGCCACGUGCAGUGUCUGGCAUGUGAACGUCGAAAUGCUACCUGAGUGGAUACUGACAUCCGUGUACCAGGCCCAUUGGACAGUGGGACGGCUGAACUGCCAGAGUUGCGGUGCUCGACUGGGGGGCUUUAAUUUUAUCAAUCAGACGAAAUGCCCGUGUGGACAGGAGAUCACCGUGCACCUCAACAAGAGUCGGGUGGACCACGAUCACAAACAUUCCCUCCACGUGGCCAGAACACGGACGGAGAGGGCGGGGGGAGGACGGGGGUGCCCGCAGGCUGUACCGGGGGGGUCACACUCUCAACCGAGCUCCCAGUUCUGCUGCGCUUCUUUCCCCCGCCUCAACCUGGAGAGCCGACCAAUCACGACCCACCUCAAUGCCCUUGACCAAUUAACGGACAGCCAAGUGGCCCCGUCAGUUAAUCCUAGCGAUCCCUUUACCCUCCCACUAAAGAAGGGCUUCUUUUCAAAUGUGAGGUGCAGGUCAGAGUUGGAGACAUCCAGUAGCACUCUAGGUCUCUCCCAGUCAAGCCCCAUGGAUAAUAUCGAAGGGCAGCUGAGGUAUAGGAGGGAACAGUCACCCCAUUCUUCUCAAGUAACCAACACCACCCAACUUCUCGACAUUGUUGAUAGGCCACCAAAUGCUCCUCGCCUGUUGCCUGUCUCUAGAGAGAGAAGACCGGCGCUCCACACACAGGAGCCCCAGACUUGUGCGCGGCCCCGUGCUAGCGGGCCGACCCCAGAGUGCGCAGCCCCGCUCCCAGAGGCACCUGGUUCUCCUCCCGUCUCCCCGAGAGGAGCCGUGGUCGGCCACCCGAGCAUGGAGCGACAGCGGGAGAGAGAAGAGGAGGAGGCCCGGGAGGUGUGGGGAUCCUCCACGGAGCUCCAGGCUCAGCGCCCCCCCGUGUCCACGGCCUCUCCCGGCCCGACGAGGCUGAGCAAGAGGGAGAAGAACCGCCUGAAGAGCCAGAGGAGGAAGCAGAGGAGGAGGGAGCGCUGGAUCCACAGCCAGCUGGAGAUGGAUCAGAGCGUGUCAGGUGUGCUGACCGACAGCGAGGAGGGCGACCGUGAGGGCUACACCUGCGCUGUGUGUCUGGACGUGUACUACAGCCCGUUCAGCUGCCAUCCCUGUGGCCACGUGUUCUGCGAGCCCUGCCUCCGCACCCUGGCCAAGAGCCGGCCCGCCAGCACCCCCUGCCCCCUCUGCCGCACCCUCAUCACACACACGCUCUUCCAGAAAGAGCUCAACCAAUCAGCAAAGACCUUCUUCCCUAAGGUCUACCACACCCGGAAGCAGAACUUCCAGAAAGCCACGUGUGCAAAAUGGCCCCUGCCCAACUGCAGGAAGCGCUUCCGUAUCUUCUGGGGGUACCAGAGACAGGCAGUGGCAGACAGACGGUGGCACUUUGCUCCCGCGGGCUUCACCUUAGACGCCCUGGACCUUGCCGACAUGAGGGGCUGGCUCUUUGACAUCGACCUGGUCAUCAUCUACAUCCACUCUGUCAACUGGAUCCUGGCCCUGCUCAUCCUCGGGUUCCUGGCCUACUUCUUCUUCUCCUGAGCGCCAACAAACACAGCAUUCUAGUAAUCUAGAUGGGGUAAAUCUUCUGGAGGGUUCUGAAGAAAAUGUGUGUUUUUGCCAAAAGCAGCUGAAAGUAUUUUGUUUCGAUGGCUCGAAUAGGGAUGAAGGUUCAGAAAGUGUGUGUGUGUGAGGGGGGGGGGGGUUGUGAAAUUGAAUAU